UUGCUUUGCUCAGACACAAACCGAGGAAGUUUUUCUUUCGCGCUUGUGCAGCUGGCAUGACGGCGUGUGUAUAGUGAGUGACAAUUAUCUCAGCUUUAACAAUAGCAAGCGCGCUAUUUUAAGGAGAGCGAAUAGUUUGUACGAAUGGCUGACGGUCGUAAAGUGAAGUGUGUAAUGUGUCAGCGGUCCGAGGAGACGAGUGUAACCGGACCACUGUCGACUAAAGAUGGGGUGACUGCUCAUCAGAACUGCUUGUUAUAUGCCUCUGGUCUAUAUUGCAAGAUUACGCCAGAGUUUGACGACCUUUUCGGUUUCUCUGUUGAGGAUGUGAGGGAUGAAGUCAACCGAGGAAAUAAACUGACCUGCAGCAAAUGUAAGAAAAAGGGCGCUGCUGCCGGGUGUGAAGUGAAACGCUGCAAGAAAUCCUACCACUAUCCUUGUGCUAUUGAGGAUAAAGCAAAGAUUACUGAAGAUCCAAAGAGGGGAACUUACGGGUUGUUCUGCCCCAAACAUUGUCAACAACCACAAGGAGGAGCCAAGAACGAUGGCUCUGAAAAUGGGAUGGACUCAGACUCUGCAGUAGCUGGAACAUCCAACAAUGUCAACGGAGCUGGAUCGUCUAAGGUUUACUGUCUUGCCUGUGAAAAGACUGAAGGAAAUAUCAGUUUGGAAAGUUUGUCUAAUAGCAUUAUCAUGUUGUAUUGUGAUAAACAUGUUCCAUCCUCACAUAAGAGGAACAGCAGUGUGGCAGGAGAGUCUGUUUGCAGCAGUGACUCAAGCUCAUCCAGCAGUGUGACACAUAGGUCCCCCAAGAAACGGUUACGUGUUGAUGACAGACUCAAGAUCCCCUUGAAAAGGAUAUUAUCAGACAGUCCGUCAUGUUCAGAAGAGGACCAACCUAACACAGAUAUGAAUAUAUUUGCACCUAUAGAGUCAGACUUUGAUGAAAGUGCACACUCUGUUCCUGAGCAACAAUUCAGCAAAAACGACGACAAGAGUCUCACGGUGUCCGCCGCAGGAAAUCCGCAGGAAUCUGGAGAUGAAACGAUACUUUCUUCAGAUGCUGAGUCACAGAGUCUGCUGCUUCAGGAAGUCGAGAGCUGCACCACAAGAUUUGCACCAGGCCCUGCACUCCCACAACAAUCUGUGCAAGCUGAAGGAUCCAGUUCUAAGCAGAGGCCUAAUCCUCAUAUUGCUGGACCCUCUCCUGCCCGCUCCGAACAACGCAGUGUUGCUGGCUCGCUUCCAUGCACCAGUGUGGCCAUUUCCUCAGCUCCGCCUGAAGCCGUCCGCGCAUCCUUUAGCUCCUCCUCUCUUUCCCCCACAGCCCCUCCCUGUGACCCGAGGCCCAGGGUCAGCAUCGACUCCUCGAGCUUCUGGAAAAGCUGCAACGCAGCAGGAUGCACACAGGCCAUCUUCACUGAUUUUAUCAAGAUGCUAAACGACAUCUCCAACAGAAUCCAGGCCGACCAGGCCGGUCAGGGGGAUUAUAAUCUGGCUCUGUCAGUGAUGGAGGCGUCUGGGAAGCUGACUGAGUUUGUGGACAAGCAGCAGAAAGAGUUAAAACGGAAGCAAACGGAGCUGAUGAAGGCAGUGGCAGCUAUGGAAGACGUCGUCACAGCAGUGAGGAGAUGAGUCUGGACCAAUCAGCAGCUCCUUGAGAUUUGUUACGUGUGUGAAAUGCAGCAGCAGUUCACAGCUGAAGCAGAUCUCUGAAUCCUGACAAGCUCAGCACUGUGAAAUCCAAACUUGUAUGAUACGAAUGUGUUUGAUGUUUUAUAAUCCUCACGAAUGUUACAGUAAAAAAAAGUGGUACAUGGUUGAUUAUAGAACUAAUGUAUACUGGUCUGUGCUCUUAAAUGUUUUAUAUUGUUUAUAAGGUGUCAUAUUUGUCAAUGAAAUUUACAUUUGUUUGCUCUCAAAUACAAAUACAUAUCCAGCAAUACUAAAUACAUUCAAAUCUUCCGUUCACUCCAUAGUUGACUUUGUGUUAACUUUCAUAUGACAAAUAAACAAAUCUGAGUCUUCAGUGA